GACAAAAAAUGGAACACACCAGCAGUGUGAGGAGACCUGAAAGUGGCACAUGGCAUGGCAGAGUGUGGCGAUGGAGACAGCAGCAAUGGGAGGCCGUACAGGGACCCAUGAGACACUCUGGACCUGGCAGCAGCAUGAGGAGGCGGUACAGGGGCCCAUGGCAGAUUACGGGCCUGGCAGCAGCAAUGGGAGGCCCGUAAUCUGCCAGCACCCUAUGACAAAAAAUGGAACACACCAGCAGUGUGAGGAGACCUGAAAGUGGCACAUGGCAGAGUGUGGCGAUGGAGACAGCAGCAAUGGGAGGCCGUACAGGGACCCAUGAGACACUGUGGGACCUGGCAGCAGCAUGA